UUUGGCUUUACUGAGUGCUGUUAAGCAAUGUCUUCCCAAUUGUACCAAUUUAUUAUGCCGGUUCCACAUAAACAAGAAUGUGGAGGCAAAGUGCAAAGUGUUGAUUGGCACGGAUGAUUUUGCCCUUUCAGUGAUGGAGAACUGGAAAUGCUUGAUUUAUGCUGAAACAGUGGAACAAUUUGAUGAGGAAUGGAAGGAAAUGUGUGUCAUGUGUAAGGACUUCCCAGAUUUCAUAUCCUACAUUUCUACUACAUGGGUAAAGCACAAGGAGAAAUUUGUGAGUGCGUGGACCAAUUCUGUGUUGCAUUUUGGAACUACAACGAGUAACAGGGCUGAAAGUGCACACUCAACCUUGAAGAGGAUGCUGAAAGACGGCAGAGGUGACUUGUGCGCCUCGUGGGAUGCAGUGGAUAGGUUGACCACUGUACGACACAAUGAAAUCAAGGCAUCAUUUGAGCGCAGUAUCAACCUUGUAGAACAUCGUUUCAAGUCGCCCAUGUAUACAAAUAUCAGGGGAUUUGUGUCCAGAAAGGCCAUGCAACUCAUGGAAGAUGAACAGAACAGAGUGAUGCGUGAUGGUUGUGGAUGCGCAUUCCAAGUUACCCAUGGGCUUCCUUGUGCGUGUGCACUUCAUAGUUAUGAUAGAAUUCCGUAUGAGGCAAUCCAUACUUUCUGGAAGAUACUUGGUUGGGACCAUGUACCCAUUGGGAGUCAAGCCUCAAACCAAGGAGACCUCAAGUCAGAGAUUGAUGGCUUGACCGCUUAUUUCAACACUUUGGAUGUUGCGGGCCAAAGUAUGCUAAGGAGGAAGGUAAAAGAGCUAUAUUGUCCUUCUAGUAGUUCACUGUGUCCUCCUCAAGUGAAGAUAAAGCUCAAGCGCUCGUCCAAGGCUAUGGAGAGUAAACCACCUAGUCAACAAAAACCAUCCUUACAACGUGAUCCUUGUUAUUGGGAACAUGUUAACAAUAGCCUCAAGCCAACACCUAACAAAGUCUCUUGUCCUCGAAGCAAGAAGUCUAAGAAGAGCAAGCAGUCCUCCACCAGCAUAUACUUGGAUGAUUUGCCAUCUUUCUUCCAUCAAUAUAUAGAAAAAGUCAUAGAUGUUAUUGCAGAUGGUAAUUGUGGUUAUAGAUCAGUUGCUGCAUUGUUCAGACCCGACAUAGGUCAAGACGGUUGGGCUUUGAUUAGGGAAGAGUUGCUUGUAGAACUCUCAAAGAAUACCGCUUACUAUAGCAACAUAUUUGGUUAUGAGAGGGUUCAGUCUCUACAAAAUCGUCUCAUCCUUCCGAUUGGUACAAUUGCAACGGAAGACAAGUGGAUGUCUCUACCGGAGAUGGGGUACCUCAUUGCUACGAGGUUGCAAGUUGUCUUCAUCUCCAUUUCACUAAAAGGUUGUUACACUUAUCUGCCAUUGAGAGGAGGCGCCCCACCGGAAGUACAUCCCGUUAUAGCAGUUGGUCACGUCACCAACCACUUUGUUCAGCUAAAGCUUAAGCCGGGACAUCCUAUGCCAACAAUAGCUCCCCAAUGGCCGUUUUUGGCCAAAGAACCCACCGACCAAUGGAUCUUCCCGUAUGCGGCGCGUUUGGCUACAUUUACGGCAGAAUUGAAUGCUUGGAUUGAUCCUACGGGUGGUCCUCAAGAGAAUGUCUUUAUAGACCUUGGAGAAGAUUGAGACUAGGAUUGAUGUUUGUAGCAAUGACAUAUGUACAACUAAUUAGAAGUUCAAAGUAUUAUGAUGUAGUAUUAAACUAUUUCUCAUGUGCAUUUUAUCUGUUUCUGCCCUGCAAUGUAGCUGGUUAUGAGAACUUGUGAUUCUGCCUGCAUUGUUUCUGGUACUGUCAUUUUA